GUCAAAAUCGCUCCUACCCCCGUUUCCACCCAGUCGUUGUGUUUUCAUCAGUGCGUGUUUUCCUUUUUCGCAAACCGCAUCGAAAAAUCGAUCCCGCAAUCCGAGUCUGUCGGCGACUGCAAAUGUUUUGAGUUGGUGUGUAAUUGGCGUGUAAUAAUCGCGCACACACAGGUGCAUUCUCGUACGUACAAAACAAACCAGCCGCGUUCAAUCGCACGCGUCGGGAGUUCUAAUCUCAAUCGAAUACCGCUCAACCCGGCUGGUUGCUAUCGAAAGUGAUAAGACGAGUGCACGGUGGCCGUGAUAGUGUUUGGGGGGUGGUGAAAAAUUGAUAAAUUUUAGCUGACUCGUACACAGCCACAUGCAAUCAAUCGGAGAAGGUGAAGCGAGCCUAGCGUUCCGACUCCUGAGUAGCGUGGUGCAAUUUACAUAAGACAUUUUUCCUUCCGAGAGCGAACAAUCCAAAGUCCACACCAGCCAAACCGAUCCGAAUCUACACACAAAAAUGGCAAAAUAUUAUGAAAGUGCUACCAUCUACAACUACUCCUGGGACCAGGUCACGCAAGGCUUCUGGAACCGCUACCCAAACCCGUUCAGCGCACACGUACUGUCGGAGGACACCGUCAGCCGGGAGGUGCGGAACGGUAAGCUGCACAGCAAGCGGCUCCUGACCAAGACAAACCACGUGCCGAAAUGGGGGGAACGUUUCUUCAAGGCUAAGUCGGUGAAUAUUGUCGAGGAAUCGGUGGUGGAUCCCAACGAACGGACGCUUGUCACGUACACGCGGAACAUUGGCUUCAACAAAAUAAUGAGCGUAGUGGAGAAGGUCGUAUACAAAUCGCUCCCGGACCAACCGGGCAAAACCAUUGCCAUCCGUUCGGCGUGGAUCGAUUCGUCCGUGUACGGGUUCGGCACCGCCAUCCGUGCGUUCGGGUUGGAUCGGUUUAAGAAAAAUUGCGCCAAAACGGUGAACGGCUUCAACUACGUGCUGCAGCACAUGUUCCCGAACAAUCCGGUCGCGCUGGCAGCGGCCGCCGCCGCCGCCAAAGACUUCCAGGGUUCCAAGGCACAGAAGCUGCGCGAAGCGGCAAAGCAUGCGUCCGACCACAUGAAGGCACAGGCCGAACACCUGGUACAGAACCUGUCCGUCAAGGGCUAGGAAGGUGACGGAAAGGAGACACAGGCGGAGAACUGACUGGGGAGGCUCCUUUCGUACCCGUAUUCUUUCCCCCUCGGUUCGGUUGUGCUACCGACCGGCCGCGGGGAUAAUAAUUCCAGCUUUAGGGCGUUCUUGGGCGCGUUUGUUUUUGUGUGGCCACUCUGUCCUUUGUCCUGUCACACGGGUGUUACCCUCAAGCGAGCUGUGUUAGUGUGUAGUGUUAGCCGGAUCACCCGAUAGGAUCAGUGGAAUCCGAAAUAUAUUCCCCGCACACUCUCUCUCUCUCCCCCCCUCCUUACUCGUUAUCCUGCAGACUUAAGCAACAGCACAGGGCCAUACAGCUUUGUUCCGCUUCUAGCAGUAUUGUGUGUGUGUGUGGGGCCGUACAAAGAGCCGGCUGGUCCAUGACGCGCUUUAUGCCUACCACAUCAAUCCCGGAUUGCUCCGCACGGGAUAUGUGUGGUUAUUGAUCAUCAUUCCACACUGAUUGGUGAAUGUGCUGUGCGGCAUUCACGGUCGGUUCAGCUUGCAGAGUCUUUUUUUCUAAAGGGGAAAUCGGUAGCACCAUCAUGUUAAGCGAAUCCGCACGCGCAAUACCUGUGCUGUCCGUUGUUGGCUGCUACUGCUUCAGGGUUAUAGAGAAAGCAAAAGAUAAUAAUAUAGUAAUAGUUGAUUUGUCGCGCUGGUUUGAGGCAGAGCGAAGGCCAUCGACGAGGGAAGAAUGUUAACGAACCCGUACUGUUUUAUUCGCAGGAUGCGUGUGUCCGCGUGCAAAGAUAGGUUAAUUUGGGAAGGAUAAUAGUGGUAUGAUCGAUCUAGAAUAUUCAAUUGUACGCUACAUUAUAACGGAAUAAAUUUAAUUAAAACUAAUAA